GUGGCAUGGCCAUGCCCCAGGCUCUCCCGCUGGUGCCCCUCAGUGAGCCUGCAGAGGCCCUGGUGGAGCCCCAGUCCUGCUCUCAGACCCUGGCUGAGGGCUUCCUGGAGGAGGAGCUCCGACUGAAUGCUGAGCUGAGCCAGCUGCAGUUCUCAGAGCCUGUGGGUGUCAUCUAUAAUCCUGUGGAGUAUGCUUGGGAGCCGCACCGCAGCUAUGUGACCCGCUACUGCCAAGGCCCAAAGGAAGUGCUCUUCCUGGGCAUGAAUCCAGGACCCUUUGGCAUGGCCCAGACUGGGGUGCCCUUUGGGGAAGUGAAUGUGGUCCGGGACUGGUUGGGCAUUGGGGGCCUUGUGCUACCUCCUCCUCAAGAGCACCCUAAACGACGGGUGCUGGGACUGGAGUGCCCACAGUCAGAGGUGAGCGGUGCCCGAUUCUGGGGCUUUUUCCGGAACCUCUGCGGGCAGCCUGAGGUCUUUUUUCGACACUGUUUUGUCCACAACCUGUGCCCUCUGCUCUUCCUGGCUCCCAGUGGACGCAACCUCACCCCUGCCGAUCUGCCUGCCAAGCAGCGAGAACAGCUUCUUGGAAUCUGUGAUACAACCCUCUGCCGGCAAGUGCAGCUGCUAGGUGUGCGGCUGGUGGUGGGAGUGGGGCGGCUGGCCGAGCAGCGGGCACGGCGGGCUCUGGCAGGCUUGAUGCCAGAGGUCCAGGUGGAGGGUCUUCUGCACCCUUCACCUCGCAGCCCGCAGGCCAACAAGGGCUGGGAGGCAGUGGCCAAGGAGAGGCUGAAUGAGUUGGGACUGCUGCCGCUGCUGACAGAACACAUGCCCUGA